AUGCACCUGAGGGACAUCUUCGCGAAAGACGCGAAGCCGUCGAAGCGUCGAAGCAGCGGGACGGUGACCACGGGCGUGCGCCUGGAGGGCGUGAAGAAGGCGUUCAAGGGCAUGGAGGUCCUGAAGGACAUCUCGUGGGACUGCAAACGCGGCGAGAAGGUGGGCUUGGUGGGAUGGAACGGCGCGGGGAAGACGACGCAGCUGCGAAUCAUCACCGGCGAGAUGGAAGCAGACGAGGGCGAGGUCAUGCUCUCGGACAAGGUGAAGAUCGGAUACCUCACGCAAGAGUUCGAGGUGAAAGAAUCGAACACCGUCCGAGAGGAGUUCAUGGCGUCGUUCGGGGAGGAGAGCGAGGUGAUCCGGAACACGGAGCGGAUACAGAAAGAGCUCGAGAACGAGCCGAGCAUGGAGCUCAUGACGAUUCUCCUCGAGAAGCUCGACGAGCUCCAGAAGAAAGCGGAGCGGCUCGAUCUGUUCAACAUGGAACGCGCCAUCGAUAAGAUCAUGCCGUCGUUGGGGUUCGUCCCGGAGGACAACGACCGGCUCGUCGCGUCCUUCUCCGGGGGGUGGCAGAUGCGAAUCUCGCUCGGGAAGAUUCUCCUUCAAGAGCCCGGGUUGCUGCUCAUGGACGAGCCCACGAACCACCUCGACUUGGACGCGAUCCAGUGGCUGGAAGGGUACCUCCAGAGCGUAGACGUCCCCAUGGUGAUCGUGUCGCACGACCGAGAGUUCCUCGACCAGCUCUGCACGAAGACCGUGGAGGUCGAGCGCGGGAAGGCGACGACGUACAAGGGAAACUACAGCGACUACCAGCGCGCGAAACGCAGCGGAAGCGCGACGCAGAUGGUGAUGUACGAGAAGUACAUGAAGGAGGUGACGCGUCAACGCGAGAUGAUCCGACGGCUCUCCGGCGGCGGCCAAUCCGGCCGCGCGAACGCCGCGGCGAAGGCGCUCGAGGGGCUCCUCGCGGACCCGGUGGAGAAGCCGUGGGUGGAGAAGCAGCGCCGGUUUCAGUUCCCUGACGCGCAGCGCUCGUCGAAGAUCGUCGCGCGAGUGGAGAACCUCACGCACGGGUACGAUGAGAAGACGCUGUUCAAGAACACGUCGCUGCAAAUCGACCGCGGCGAACGCGUCGCGAUGAUCGGCGCCAACGGGUGCGGGAAGUCGACGAUGAUGCGGCUGAUUCAAGGGAAAGAGCAGCCGAUCGCGGGCGUCGCAACGCUCGGGUCCAAAGACCUGUGCCUCGUGAACUACUUCUACCAGAACCAGGCCGAGGGUCUGGACACGGAGAAGGGCGUGCUGCAGACGCUCGUGGAAGCCGCGCCGGACUCCGGGCUGAACGACCUCAAGGCGCUCCUGGGGCAGAUGAAGUUCAGCACGUCGUUCCAUAACAAGCCCGUGAAGUUCCUCUCCGGCGGGGAGAAAGCGCGGCUGGCGCUCGCGAAGUUCAUGGUCACCCCCGCGAACGUCCUCCUCCUAGACGAGCCGACGAACCACCUGGACAUCCCGUCGAAGGAGAUGCUCGAGGAGGCCAUCGGCUCGUUCGACGGCACCGUCAUCGCCAUCUCGCACGAUCGGUACUUCUUGCGGCAGAUCGCGACGAGGGUGCUGUCGUUCGACGAGGGCGUCGUGAGCGACUACGCGGGCGACUACGCGUACUUCCUCGAGAAGAACGAGAAGGCUGGCGCGAGGGACGCGAAGCUUCAGAAGGCGGCGAAGGAGGUCGAGAAGACGCAAGUCGUCUCCAAGUCGAAGAUGUCCAAGGCGGAGAAGGCCAAGCUCAAGAAGGAGAAGGCGAAGGCGUUCGGUUCCGGCGAGGGUAAGGCGAAGAAGUCGAAAAACGCGGGGCGGUGGAACUGAUAGGACGAGCGACGCGAUGAAGAACGCGCGCGACGUGCGGUAUGUAGUAGUUCUUUCGUGUUAUGGUACACUCGACGCCCGCGGACGAGCUAAAAGAG